CCCCGCACUCGCACCGACAAUGCGGGGUCUGCCAGUGUCUCGCUCUUUUUUUCAUCCAUCCAUCUCACCACCUGAACAGAAACCACAGACAACUCACUGCCAAUCUUUCCCAGUCAAUGCGCUGUUGAGAUUGAGAUGCGCCAGCCACUAAUCGUUGGCUGCAUCAGCGGUGUCAACACUAGUCGUUGGCCCAUACUAGCUGCUGUGCCGGCUCCACUCCACUGACUAUAAUAAGAUUGACUGCGAUUUCUGGUCGACCUCCCUCCAGAGAGACCAACACUCUUCAGUUCAGGGUCUAUUCCAUUUGAUCCACAGAAUGCAUCUUCUAUUGCUCCUGUCUCUUCCCAUUCUAUCAUACCUCUCCAAAUGCAUCAUUCAUCUCUUCUAUACAACAUGGCAGAGCCCCUCCUUGACCUCCAUCCCAGGCCCCUUCCUCGCCCGUUUCACUAGACUUUGGUACUUCAGUCGAGUCUGGAAGGGCCACUUUGAAACCGACAAUCUCGAUCUUCAUGCUCGCUAUGGCCCCGUCGUCCGGAUCGCCCCGGGGCACUACAGCAUCAGCGAACGGACCGCCGUGAAGACCGUCUACGGCACGGGCAGCCGGUUCCCCAAGUCCUCCUGGUACGAGGGCUGGAAGCACCCAUCGCCUGACCGAUGGACCCUGUUCACUGAUCGCAACAUCAAGAGACAUUCCGAAACCCGCAAGCGAUUCUCCAGCCUUUACUCGAUGAGCUCCCUCCUCCACUACGAGGAGUUCGCCGACCAAUGCGCCGAGAUCGUCUGCGAACGGCUCACAGAAUUCGCGCAGAGCGGACAGACUUUUGACCUUCACUACUGGCUUCAAUGCUACGCCUUUGACGUGAUUGGGGACAUCACGUUCGGCCAGCGCUUCGGUUUCCUAGACAAAGGCGAAGACAUCGAAGGUGCCAUCGCCGCCCUCCAGAAGGUCAUGGCCUACAGCACCCUAGUUGGCAUCUACCCCGAAUGGCACCCGCGCGUCUACGAGCCCCUCAGCCGAUUCACCUCCACCGGCCCAGCGGGACGAUCAUUCAUCAUGCGCUUCGUCGCCGAGAAGAUCCACCAGCUAAAUGAGCAACGUAAAACCCAACCCUCCCAGCAGCCGCAACAACAACAAGACCCAACCCCACAAAGACAAGACUUCCUCGAAAAAAUGGCCAUCGCGCGCGACAAAGACCCGGAGAAAGUGACAGACUACCAUCUCUUCAUGAUGGGCAAUUCGAACAUCAUUGCCGGCUCCGACACGACCGCCAUCAGUCUCUCCGCGAUCCUGUACCAUCUUCUCCGCAACCCGGCCAUGCUGGCCCGUCUGCGCCAGGAGGUCGAUGAAUUUACCGCGCAGGGCCGCUGCAGCGCGCGCGUGACCUUCAAAGAGAGCCAGGCGAUGCCGUACCUCCAGGCGGUGAUGAAGGAAGCGCUGCGGAUGCACAGCGCCACAGGGCUGCCCUUGUGGCGUGAGGUGCCCGCCGGGGGGGCCGAGAUUAGCGGGCGAUUCUUCCCCGAGGGGUCCGUCGUGGGCGUCAACACCUGGGUCGCACAUUACGAUGAGGGAGUGUUCCCUGAUGCGAAGAGCUUCCGACCGGAGAGGUGGAUUGAGGCGGAGAAAGACGAUCCGACGCGGUUGCAGAUGAUGAAUGAGAUGUAUAUGCCUUUCGGCUUGGGCUCACGCACGUGCCUCGGCAAGCACAUCUCCAUCCUGGAGAUGUCGAAGCUGAUUCCUCAGAUGAUUCGGGAUUUCGAGUUUCGGCUGGAGAAGCGUACGUGGGAUACUGAUAAUAAGUGGUUUGUGAAGCCGUUGGACUUUCAUGUUAAGGUUGCGGUGCGGGCGAAGGCUGCCGGUUAAUCUGCUAGAGGGAUGGUUAGGUACUGUGUGUACUGAAAUAGCACGCUGGGUCAAUCCUCGGGAUACAGUGUGCGUCCUUAGUGCAGGAAUGAGAUAUCAAUGAUGUUUCAACUGGAUCUGGGUACAAUAUUACUCCCUCGACACGACUCAGUUGGGUAUGCACGAUAUCAGAACCAUGG